AUGCCCCUGGUUGUGGAAGCAACGCCACGCCCCCUACCAAAAACCAAGCCUAUUGGAACAGUUAGUGGGCCUUCCUUCUGGCCUGAACAACCAAAGGGGCUUCCUGCCUUUGCCCAGCCAGCACCACAACAAGCACUACCCCUGCAAGUCCCAUCUCCCCCUCUAUCUCUGCGUCUCCAAUCCCCAAUUGGAGCCCCUGCCCCUCCUCCACCAGCUCCAGUUGCUGCCUAUCCUGCCCCAGUCAAAGUAGACCACCCAGAUGCCUAUACAGGCAAGAUUGGGAGCAAAGCCAAACAAUGGCUCACACAGAUGCUGGCCUGGACCUGGCUUAAUUCACGCAUGUUCCCUACUGACCAGGAGGUCUUAUCCUUCCUCCUGAUGAACAUGAAGGAUUCUGCCGGGGCCUGGGCCCACCCACACCUUGACCAGCUUGGUUCACACUGGGCCAUCAUUCAAAUGGUCAAGGGGUUCAAAUUGGAGUUUCUGGCAGCAUUCAGCAACCCUGACACCACAAGGGCUGCCAAGCAGAAGAUCACCACCCUUACCCAGUCUGGCACAUGCAUGGACUACAUCACAAAGUUCAGAACCCUAGCCAUGGAACUGGACUGGAACAACGCAGCCCUCAGGGGUCAGUUUGCCUGUGGCCUCCAUUGGGAGGUCAGUUGUCAAAUUGCCACCCGCAAACAUUGCCCCUGCACCCUUCUUGAGCUGCAAAAUGCAGCACUUGUCAUUGACAACGCUCUCUGCAAAGAGCGUGCUAGCCAUCCACCAAGGGAUAGUAAGCCUAGCAAAGGAUCCAACCCCACUAGGGGGACAAGUACCAGCCAAUCAACUGCCGGGUUAAAAAAACUCUCCAACAACCCCAACUUGUGUUGGAAGAGGAGAGGAAUUGCUGCUGCGCUGCAGGCACCUGCAUCAAAUGCGGCAAAAUGGGCCAUAAGUUUGCAGAAUGCUGCACAGGCUGGAAAGCUACCCCUAUCAAAGACAAAGGGAAGGCUAAAGAAACUGCCAAAACUGGCAAAGACUCCAAGUACCAAUUGGGAAAAGAAGAAACAAGCAGAAACCUUAGAAGUCCUGAUAGAUUCAGGCACCACUUCAUCAUUCCUCCACCCCUGCACUGCUGAGGCACUAUGCCUCCCACUAAUAGACCUCCCUUCACCCUGUACUGUCACCAUGCUUGAUGGGUCAAGCCCCCAGGCAGGUAAAAUCUGGAAAAAGGCUAACCUAACCUUUUCCUUUGACGGCAAGUCAAUGACCAAGACCUUCCUCAUAUGCAGUACAGGGUCUCAUGCGGCCAUCUUAGGACUGAAAUGGUUGGACGCUCAUAAUCCAGAGAUCAAUUGGAAUGCACAAACCCUUUCCUUUCCCCAUACACCACCAGAACACGUGGCUAUUGCCAAAGAGGAGGAAGCUGACAAAAACCCCCUUGAAGGAGUACCCUCCAAAUACCACCCCUACGCUAAGGUAUUUGGAGAAGAAGAAUUCAAUAAGCUUCCACCCCAUAGGCAUUAUGAUAUAGGCAUUGAACUCAUGGAAGAAGGGCCCCUCAACUCCCCCUUAUAUAGCAUGACCAAUGCCAAAUCUGCCACACUCAAGGAUUGGCUCAGGGAUGAACUCAAGGCAGGGAAAAUUUGUCCCAGCAAAUCAUCCAUCAGUUCCCCUGUCAUGUUUGUUCCCAAAAAGGAUGGUUCUUGCCACUUAGUAGUUGACUACCAUUGCCUUAACAAUUGGACCAAGAAAAAUGUUUACCUGCUACCCCGCCCCAAUGACCUCAUGGCCCAGCUCUGCAGCGCCAAGGUCUUUACCAAAUUGGACUUACAAUGA